AUGCUCAAAACAUUCGCUAGGGCGACUACGCCAAUUAUUCAUACGGCCAAGCAAGGGUUUCCUCGCUGUGUGAGCUCCGUUCCAACCACUUCUCAAUUGACUACAAAAUACGGAGGAAAAUAUACAGUAACAUUAAUCCCUGGCGAUGGAAUUGGUCAAGAAACAGCGGCAGCCGUAAAAACAAUUUUUAGGGCUGCGAAUGUUCCAAUCGAAUGGGAACAACUUGAUGUUACGGGUCAUACUCAAGAAGGAGAUAUUUUAUUUAAGCAAAGUAUUGAAAGUAUAAGAAGGAACAAGGUAGCAUUAAAAGGCAUUUUAUACACACCUAUAUCCAAGCUGGGUCAUCAAUCAUUUAAUGUUGCCAUGCGUAAAGAUCUCGAUAUAUACGCAUCAUUGGUUCUUAUCAAAAACAUUAAAGGUUAUCCAACGCGUCACAAUAACGUGGAUUUUGCAAUCAUUCGUGAAAAUACAGAGGGUGAAUAUGCAGGAUUAGAACAUCAGUCUUUUCCAGGAGUUGUGGAAUCAUUGAAAAUUGUAACCAGAACAAAAACAGAACGUAUUGCACGUUUUGCUUUUGAUUUUGCACUUAGGAAUAAUCGAAAAAAGGUUACAUGUGUCCAUAAGGCUAAUAUUAUGAAACUUGGUGAUGGUCUAUUCCUUAAUACAUGUCGUGAGGUUGCUAAAGAUUAUGAAGCCUCAGGAAUUAAAUUCGAUGACAUGAUCGUUGAUAAUUGUUCUAUGCAAUUGGUUUCAAAGCCACAGCAGUUUGAUGUCAUGGUUAUGCCUAAUUUAUAUGGUAAUAUCGUAAGCAAUGUUGGUGCGGCACUUGUCGGUGGACCUGGAAUUAUUCCUGGCGCAAAUAUAGGUCGGGAAUAUGCCUUAUUUGAACCGGGCUGUCGUCAUGUUGGUAGAGAUAUCCAAGGGAAUAAUACUGCUAAUCCUACGGCUUUAAUCCUUUCCGGAGUAAUGAUGUUACAUCACUUAGGUCUCGGGGAUUACGCUAAUAGGAUUCAUAAUGCUGUGAAACAAACGAUAAAGCGAGGAGCGGCGAAAACACCUGAUAUGGGUGGUACAUCUUCAACUACCAAUUUUACAUUAUCAGUUAUUUCUAAUUU